AUGGCGCAGUAUAGCCAAGUCCACCAGGGCGUUUACGAGAUGGGAAUACAUGGGUCUUCGACGUAUCAUCCAGCUAUGAACCCCAAUGAUCCGUCUAGUUACGGUUACUUCCCCACCGGAAAACCUGUGCCGUAUCAAACGAACACAGAGUUCGAAGACAGCCAACGUCUCAUACAUCAAAAUGCCCCAACAGGCUUCCAAGGACCAGCAAAACGUCAACCAUUGCAAAGAAGACUUGGCAAAACAGGAUUGACAAUCAUAAUCCUCGGCACAAUCGUCAUUAUCGCCUCAUGCGCUAUCCUCGUUUAUCUCUGGCACGGCGCCGAGAAAGUCCGCAACAGACAGCCCCGAGGCAAAGAAUGGGACAGAAUUGUUUUUGACAACUACGCAGCGCAGGUAGCAACGCUCUGCUCUGCUGCAAUACGAGUAUCGAUGGAUUUGCAGACUUGUCUCGCUGCUGCGUCAAUGGCAGCCAUUGUUCUUGAAACCGCGGGUUGUCGAAUCUCUGAUCUAGCGAGGCUGUCAAUCUCCAGAGCCUCAAGUUGUGAUGCAAGUCCGUGGGAUAUCUUCCUCAUCACGAAAAGCAACAGGAAGACCUUGUUCCACUGCAUCAUAUUACUCUUGAGUUUCAUCCUAAGUCUUGCCAUGACUUUCACGUCGACGAUCUUGCUUUUCGACUUUAAGGCGCUUCCGAUCGCUGCGCCGAUGGUCUCAGAGUCAAUCUAUGUGGGGUUCGAUAUAUCUAAGGACACAGCUGUGUUCUCUGGUGUAUCUUACUGGCAGUCUAAGCCGUCAGCACACUGGCGAUUUGCAGAGACAAGGCCUUCGAGUCAGAGACUUGCGCCUAAGGAUGUAGCCGACACUGGGGAUGUGUAUCGAGCCAUGAUACCGAUGGCAAAUGUUGAUAAUCGAACUUCGCUGGAGUAUUACUCUGGACCUACGAUUGUCACCAACAUGAGGACAGCAUGUGUAGCACCGACGUUUAACAACGCUACACUUGAGUAUAUAUACACUGGAAGCAACGCUACAGAGGGUCUUUAUCUCCAAGCGGAAUUCAACGCCUCGACCGGUUGGGAGUCAGGGCCUAGUAUCAAUGGUUCAUAUCCUGCGACACUAUCGUGUCGGAUCAACAACGAAUGGGACCAAACGAACUCAACAUCCUGGCCAAUAUCGUUCUGCAGUUUCAACAUGAAAGAACUAGCCCCCAAAAAUGACAGUUUUACAAACCCUCUUUCACGCCAUCCGUACAACUUUCAUCCCGUACUUCUCCUCAACGCAAGCGAUAGUCUGACCCAGCUGAGACCAAUGUAUAACAUGACUACGAACACGUGGUCGAACGUGACGAUCCCACGAGAUAUGCAAAUGGCAAAGUCAACGAGCAAAGGUCAAUGGACGACAGCGACGAAUAAGAACGGUACUCAACUCUUCCAAGCGAGUGUGUGCUUUCUUACCCAGAACAUACCACUUUUAUACAACGUCAGCAUGACAGGCAGAGCAAUACCAUCUGAACCCACGUCUAUAGCAAAGUGGAAAACACUACAGGGCAAGAACGGCACGCAAUUUCUCAAACAGCUCGGCGUCGGGGUAUCGCCCUUAGAUACUGAAGCAAGAGGCAUUCUAGAUCUGAAAGUACUCUCGGGGCCAGCUUCUAUGGCAGAUACAGGUGUUGCUGACUGGGAUGAAUGGGUCUACCAAAUGAUUCACUUCAGUCUUUUCGACUACAGUAUCUCCGGCGGAUGGACCUUCAACAACGAUGCUUUGGAAGGGUGGUUCGACACCGUAGCGAAUUGGCCCGCACACCCGGAACAUUCGCAUCUCUUUCAGAGUGUUCUCCAGGAAACGGAUGAUCCAGCACGAGCUGUCCAGGAGUUAUUCUUUCGGUUCUACCAGAUGAUCUUCCACGACAUUCUACCAUAUUUCACUCAACAACACUCUGUUUCUACGAUCAACGUGAAACAGGUUAUCAUUCCGAAUCAGUGGACAGGCUUGAUAAUUAUCCUGUCUGGUGUUGUACUGCACUUGAUUCUUACGUUGAUCACGAUUAUCAUGUUUAUGGCUUCGACGAAGAGUUCUAUUCUGGGAAAUUCAUGGCAUGCUGUGUCGCAGAUUAUCUCGCCAGAGACGAGUGUUGUGGUAGAGACUGUGGCGGGUAGUGGGAUGCGGGAUGUUGAUGUUGCCAAGUGGGUGGAGUCAACGGGUUCUGAUGGGCAUGUGUAUGGGUUGUCGACUUGUGGUGAUAACAAGGUUCGCAGACGGUAG